GCACGGGCUCCUUUAGUUAGCUUUCUUUUGUUUAGCUAAGAUAGCGGCUAUCCAUAAGGAGAUGUGAGGAGUUGCGAUUCUGCACCAGGAAACACUGAAAUGUCCGGUGCCCUGUGAAACCGCGAGUUGACACCAGCAUGCUUGUGCCGUAGUGGGGGCAGCGUUGGCACAGAGGGCGAUGAUAUCGACCAGGCGUUACAUUUAGUUCCUCUGCUCCGCAUUUGUGAAGGUCUCGUCAGUGGAGCGAAAAAAAGAGAGAAGAAAGCGGUGCUGAAAGAGACCAUGUUCAGGCAACAAGAUAUGGGCAAACGGCGCGGGGCCAGCUCUCAGCCCGUUACGCGAGUCCGUGGAGUGGAGGUAGCGCGCGGCCGCAGCGGUUACGGCUUCACGCUGUCGGGCCAGUCACCGUGCGUGCUCAACUGCGUCCUGAAAGGCAGCCCUGCGGACUACAUGGGCCUGCGUGCUGGGGACCAAAUCCUCAGCGUCAACGACAUCAACGUGUCCAAGGCCUCGCAUGAGGACGUGGUGAAGCUGAUUGGUCGGUGCACUGGAGUCCUGCACCUGGUAGUGGCAGAGACCCACCAGCGCCACCACCACCACCACCACCAUCACCACAACCACAACCACUCCCACGCACAUCACCCUCACUAUCACCAUCAGCAUGCUGACUCUUGCUCCAGUGACGAAGAGCUAGCUUACCAGGACCCCAGGGGCGCGUGGACCACACGGCCCAAGGUGGACUCCAAGACUCUGGGGAUCAAUCGGGCGGAGCGCGUGGUGGCGGAGAUGCAGUCGGGCGGUAUCUUCAGCAUGAUCUUCGAGGGCGCCUGCUCCAGCCACUCGUCCAGCAGCUCGGAGAGAGCGGCGGCCGUUUCGUCCUCGUCCACCAGCAAGCCCAAAGGCAAGCCCCGCCACCCGCUGUCCGAGUCGGACACCUUCCCCUACCCCAGCACCCGCCGGCACCGCAGCCAGCCGGACCUGCUGUCCGAGGACGAGCUGGCCAAGGUGCUGCAGGCCGACGACUCGGUCUUCCUGGACGUGUUCGAGGUGGAGCUGCCGACGUCUCCCGCCGCGGUCCUUCCCGACUCGCCCGACGUCGUCGUUGGCGGCGGCGGCGGCGGCGGAGGGGGGGACGGAGACGACAUCCUGAACGUGGGCAUGGUGGUGGGCUACCUGGGCUCCAUCGAGCUGGCGUCGGCCGGCGGCGGCAGCCUGGAGAGCGACAGCCUGCAGGCCAUCCGCGGCUGCAUGCGGCGUCUGCGCGCCGAGCAGAAGGUCCACUCGCUGGUGCUGCUGCAGGUCAUGCUGGACUGCGUGCGCCUGCGCAGCGAGCGCGGCCACGUGCUGGCCACCUACCCGGCCGAGAAGCUGGCCUUCAGCGCCGUGUGCCCGGACGACCGCCGCUUCUUCGGCCUGGUCACCAUGCAGGCCACGGACGAGUACCACCACCACCACCGGCGGCGCGAGGAGGCCGACGAGGCCGAGCUGCGCACCUCGUGCCACGUGUUCCUGGUCGACCCCGAGCUGUGCCACCACAAGGUCCACCAGAGCGUCGGCCGGCGCUUCGGCUUCGACUGCACGCCCGACCCGGACACGGGCGGCUGCCUGGAGUUCCCGCCCACCUCGCAGCCCCUGCUCCAGUUCGUGUCGGUGCUCUACCGCGACAUGGGCGAGUCCAUCGAGGGCGUGCGCGCGCGCGCCUUCCUGGACAACGGCGCGGGCGGGGCCGCGGUCGUCGCUAACGCUAACGCCGCGGCGGCGGCGGGCGACUUGGACGCGCAGCAGAACAACAGCACCAGCAGCAACAGCGACAGCGGCAUCGGCAACUUCCUGCCCGAGGAGAAGAGCAACCGCGUGCUGCUGGUGGACCUGGGGGGCAACGCCCCCGGACGCCACGCCCCCUCCGGGCCCUGGGAGUUCCCCCAGCCGGCGCGCGGACCUCCCCCGCCCCCGCCCCCCGCCGCUCACAGGAACGGCUACCGGCACGAGCCCCUGUCCGACCUGGCCGACGCGCCGCCCCUCUCCGCCAGACACCUCAGCGUCUCGUCCAGGAUGGAGCUCCAGGGCCAUCCCUCCCGCUCGCACUACUCCAAGAAAGCAGCGGCCGGAGCGCCGGGGACACGCUGGCUGCCGGGGCACGUCCUGCGGGACUGGAGGCAGCAGCAGCACGCUCACAGCAGCGACCAGGAGUCGUACGCCGAGUCCACCGACGGCUGGUCCAGCGCCAACUGCAGCACGCUGCCGCCGCCCAUGAGCAAGAUCCCGGCCGACCGCUACCGGGCGCCGGGGGAGAUCGUGGCGGCCGCCACCGCGCAGCCGCCCCACCGGAUGACCACGCAGAAGGACGAGUGGGCCAAGAAGCUCUUCGGCACCGACAAGGGGCUCCGCGAGCACCAGAAUGGAGCCAGGGGCAAAGACGGAGCGGAGAAGAAGGGUGGAAGGUUCCGGGGGUUGUCCCUAGGGUUCCCUCCUCUGCCCCAGCGUUCCGGAGGCCGUCGCUCGUUCGGCCGCUCCAAGCGCCUCAGCCUGGCCCGCUCCCUGGAUGACCUAGAGUCUGCAGCGGUCUCCGAUGGCGAGCUGAACAGUGUGGAUCUGAAGGGCUGUGGCAGUGACAACAGCCUGAACAGCAAUGCCAGUCUGCCCAGCGUGCAGUGCCACCGCCGCCAUACGGAGCGCCGGGUGGCAUCAUGGGCCGUGUGCUUCGAGCGCCUGCUGCAGGACCCCGUGGGCGUCCGCUACUUCUCGGAAUUCCUGAAGAAGGAGUUCAGCGAGGAAAACAUCCUGUUCUGGCAGGCCUGUGAAUUUUUCAGCCAUGUUCCAGAGACGGAUAAAAAGCAGCUCUCCCAAAGGGCCCGUGAGAUCUACAACAGCUUCUUGUCCAGCAAAGCCACCACGCCGGUCAACAUCGACAGCCAGGCACAGCUGGCCGACGACAUCCUCAACGCGCCCCGGCCCGACAUGUUCAAGGAGCAGCAGCUCCAGAUAUUCAACCUGAUGAAGUUUGACAGCUACACACGCUUCCUGAAGUCCUUCCUGUACCAGGAGUGCAUGCUGGCCGAGGUGGAGGGCCGCCCCCUGCCCGACCCCAACCAGAUCCCCAGCAGCCCCACCUCCAAACACAGCACCAGCUCCGACCGCUCCAACUUCUCCACGCCCAAGAAGGACGACAAGAAGAACAAAUCGGGGCGCUCGCUGAACGACGACAGCAAGGACGAGCAGUGUGACAAGAAGAAAGGCAUCUUCUUCUCCUGGUCCCGGAACAGGAGCUUUGGCAAAGGCCCCAAGAAGAGAGACCUGUGCGACUACAGUUUUACGGGCAGCAAUGGCCGCCGUGAGUCCCAGGGCUCCCUGUCCUCGGGGACCAGUCUGGAGCUGGGCACCUCCGGCUCGGGCAAGAACGAGGGCGACACGUCCCGGAACUCCAUGAUGGAGCGCGCCGUGAGGCACUGUAGCAUCAACCUUCCGGACGGUUCUUGCUGUUCGGUGCCCAUCCGGCCCGGCGUGUCCAUCCGUGAGCUGCUGCAGGGCCUGUGCGAGAAGCUGUCCAUCAACCUGGCCGCCGUGGACCUCUUCCUGGUGGGAGGAGAGAAGCCUCUUGUGCUUGACCAGGACUGCAUGACGCUGUGUUCACGAGACCUGCGACUGGAGAAACGCACUUUGUUCAGACUGGACCUGGUGCCAAUCAAUCGAUCCGUUGGGCUGAAGGCCAAACCCACCAAGCCCGUCACAGAGGUCCUGCGGCCCGUUGUGGCCAAAUAUGGGCUCCACUUAGGGGACCUUGUGGCCAGAAUAAGUGGAGAGAAAGAGGCCCUUGAUUUAGGUCUGCCCAUAUCAAAUCUGGAUGGAUUAAGAGUGGUACUAGACGUAGCUGACAAUGCCACAGGAAAGGUAGUGACCGACAAGCAGAAGCUGACCUCCUCCAAGAGCCACGGCCCGCCACUGAGCGCCAGGAGCCAGUCUGCAACAGGGGACGAGAAGGCAUCAGGGAAGGCCUCGUCUGUCAAAACCCAGCUGCACGUGGAAAAAAGACGGCAGAAAAAGAUUAAUAUAGACGAAGCAGAAGAGUUCUUCGAGCUCAUAUCCAAAGCUCAGGGCAAGCGAGCGGACGACCAGCGAGGUCUGCUAGACAAGAGCGACCUGGUGCUGCCCGACUUCCUGCGCCUCCACGACCAGAACCACCACCACGACGACGACGACGACGACGGCGGCGACUACUCCGGCGGAGGCCGCCGCCUUCGCCACGGCCACCGCCUCCGCCAGCCCCUCCUGAGCUCCACGCCCGCCGGCGCCGCCGAGCGCGUGCGGGGCCGCGAGAACGGCUCGGCCCUCAGCGCCAGCCACCAGACGCAGAGCCUGGACUCGGCCGUGACGGACGGCGGCGGCGGUGGCGGUGGUGGGGGUCGGGGUCCCGGCCGCCGCGCCCUCAUGCCCCCGUCCGGCCCGCGCCAGCGUCUGCACCGGGCGCCCGGCCCCCUCGGCCCGUCGGCCUUCUCCCCCGUGGGGUCCUCAUCCUCGGACUGGCCGGGUGGCGCGGGGGUGCCGGGGCGCGCCCUGGAGGACGAGGAGAGCAUGGCGGACAUGACGCUGGUGGGCGAGGGCGACAUCAGCAGCCCCAACAGCAGCCUGCUGCCCCCGCACGCCGCCAUGGCCGACGACGACCCCCCUCGCCACGGCAACGGCCCCUCCGCGUCCUCCUCCUCUUCGGCCGGCGCUGGCCAGGAAUGGGCUGGAUCAGGUAUCUCCCCAGUGUGACCCCCCCUCCUCCUCCCUCCAGCGUACGCACACACACACACACACACACACACACACCCUCCUCACGCAUGCUCACACACAGACCCGCGUUGUGUGUGGGUGUGUGUAGGACUGUGUGUCUGAGUCUGUGUCCGUGUUGUAGAGUGAGCAUGGAUGCAUGAGCGUGUGGAUUGGUUUGCCUCUCUCUCUCCCCCCUUCACCGUCGAGAAUCUGCCAUCGUCCUGCCAUCUGCCUUCAUCAGGGCAAUAACCAGUGCCAAACCUACCCCCCCCAACGUCCACCAACGUCACCAACGUCCACCUCUGUCCGAACUCACAGAGCCCCAGCCCGAGCACACGCUCUCUCCCUGUGUAAAUACUCCUCAAUGCACUUUAACAAACAUUCUGAGAAAGAGACUUCUUCAGUAUCAUUUUUACUUUUGACUCUUGAUAUUACUCCUCUCUUCAACAAUCACUCUUGCCCCCCCCCCCCCUUCCACAAAUCAGAGCACAGCGCACGCGAAUUAGCCGCUCCUCACCUCACACCCCCCUCCCACCUCAGUGGGCCACACAAUGACACCUCUGUAGCCCAGCGUAGCCGCUAUCACUGUUCCGAGAUCUGCCGCCGGCGCUGGCCGUCCGUUGCCGCCUCCGCGGACCCCUGGUCCAGAGGCUGUUCUCGUGACUCGCCACCACACAGGGACUCGCACUCAUGCAGGUUCUGGAGAAGGAAGGAAAAAAAAAAAAGAGCUGGAAUCAUGUGAUGUGUGUUUUCUCUCUCUCUCUCUCUCUCUCUCUCUCUCUCUCUCUCUCUCUCUCUCGCUCCCUCUCUCCCACAGACUCGGAUCUGUACAUAGAAGUCUCACGCCUUAAAGGGCGCAACAGAGAGGCCUGUUGAUAACCAGGUGUUGCUUGCCCCGUGUCAGGAAAAGGUGGAUGUUGUGCGCACACACACCUAUGACACGCACAUACAUACUUACAUACUCACGCACUCACACGUUUCAAAAAUAGAUACAAUGUAAGUGCACAUAAAAUGCCGUCUGCAUUGGAAGCCUCUCUCGUAGAUAGAGUGCAAACAUGGAGGGCAAUUCGCCCCUGUUGAUGAAGCACAAACAUUCCUAGCUGCUCCUGUUCAUAUGAUCUCGUGUCAGUGUGCUAAGGACAUUUGUACAUGUUCAGUAACUGAUGUUUUAUAGAAGUUCAUGUUCAUCUUCAGAUGAGGUCAUGCCUACAUAGCAACGAAUGCCUGAAAUAAAUGCAUUACUUUUUUUUCUCUUUCUCACGCCCGUACACACACACACAUACACACACAGUCACACACACAUCCAUCCAUGGCCACUGAACCUUCACCACGCCUCAAAGCUAAUUAGCGCCGGUAGCCAGCGCAGUUAAAUGAAGCCCAUGUGUCUCUCACUCUGUCCCCCUCCCGAGAGCCCUAAUCAGCAGGCGCGGUGGGGGGGCGAGCCCUCCACGUCUCUGAUCUCCCCACGCUAGGCUCCUCUCCUGCUGAUGCUCCAUCAUUACUCUCCCGCCACAACUGCAAUUCAACAAUGCUAAACGAAUGAGAAUGACUGCUGCCAUCGCCUUUUAAAAACAAACCAGACUAUGGCCUUGAAUAUAGAGCCUCUUGCUGGGUUUUUUUUUUUUUUUUUUUAAAUAAAUAUAUAUAUAUAUACCUUAUGUUGCCAUGUAAUAUAACACAGAGAAAUAAUUUAUCUCAUGUUGUUUUUAAUUUCAUUGUGUUAUCUGCAAAGUGAAUACUAAUUGUGUACAUAAUAUUAUUAUUCCCUUCUCCUGUCAUUUUAUUGUUUUUUUAAGCCAAUGAGUGUCAUUGUUGAAUUGCACGCCACUGUCCCCUACCAGUCGUCAGUAGGUGCCUCUUCUGUUUCUCUAGACGACAGAUCUACUCUGUUUGACCUUUGACCUUGUGUUUGUGCAGCCUCUGUAAAUAGAUCUCUAAUAAAUGUUCCAGGGUGGAAUCACCCACUCCCACCUUC